CACACUCGUUGCCAUCUCCAACGGCACGCACUAAAAUUUUUUCGUUCUGGUUUGGUUAAAUUUUAUUUGUAAGUAAGGCCAGGAAACGAUCAGAAAUGGGCAAACGGCGGACGCAAUCCCUGAUCGACUCCAACUCCAGUGAUAGCGACAGCGAGUCCGAGACCAACCUGGAAUCGGACCUGAUGUCACUUGCGAAGAAGCGAAAGAAGCCCCAAACGACGACCAAUUCGAGUUCCCGCUCUGACUCCGAUUCCGACUGGGCCAACAACAAAGCUGGAGCUCCCUCCUCCAAGAAGAAGAAGCGCCAGAAGCCCAGCAGAGACUCCAGCUCCUCGGAGUCCAACUGGGAUGACGACAGUCAGGAUGAGAGGCAGCCAGCGAGGCAGAGUCCUGCACAGGCGCAACAGGAGCACAAUCCCCCGGAGCCGGCCUCCCAGGCCGCCCAGCUUAGUGAACAGGAAGAGGGGGAGGUAUCCGAUAGCGAUUCCGACAAGUCCAAGUCCAACUCCUCCUCAUCUGGCUCCGACUCCUCUAGUUCUUCCUCCAGCUCUGACUCGGAAUUCGACGACGGUUUCGAUGAUGACCUCAUGGGCGAUGAUGAGGAUCGAAGGCGUCUCAAUGGUUUGUCCGAGAAGGAGCGUGAAACUGAAAUUUACAAGCGCAUUGAGCAGCGAGAGAUUAUGCGAACACGCUGGGAAAUCGAACGUAAACUGAAGCUGGCGAGGCGCGGCGAGAAAAACCAAGAGAAGUCCAAGAACAAAGGAGAACGGGCCAAGAAGAAGAAGGAAAAGCGCGAGAAGAAGGCGAGGAAGGCCAGGGAAGCCCAGGCGCCCUUGCCAACUCAAGCUUCCACAUCCACACUCUUAGAUGUGGAACCCAAGCCCAGCAACGAAGUACGGUCAGCGAGUCCGUUGUCCACGCCCGCCCUUAACCGAGAUGCGGCUUCCACUUCAGCGGCAGUGGCCAGUAUUAUGCCCGACGAUGCAGCUUCCUCCGCUGGCGUCUCUGAUUACUUUGAUCACAAGGAACGUUCCAAGGAGCGUAAGAAGAACGUGGAGGCCAACAAGACGGACGACAAGAGGAGCAAUGCCAUGGCCUUAUUAAAAGCCAAAAGAGAGGGCAAGGCCAAAAGAGAGGAGGAGGAAGCCAAACGCCUGGCAGAAAAAGAUCGUGAUGACGACAAAGAGGAACUCGAUAGCGUAUCUGGUUGUAAAUCGGCUGUGAAACUGAAAGCCUCGGAAAUAUACUCUGACGAUUCAGGCAGCAGCGAUUGGGAUGAGGAAGAAAAGCCCGCGGGCAAACGUUCACGCUCCAACAGCAGCAAGGCCUCCAGCGAAUCCGAGGACGAAGAAAAGGCGCCUCAGCGGCCUGUUUUUAUAACCACACGCGAGGAUCUUAACAAAUUGCGUCUAUCUCGCUACAAAAUGGAGCGAUUUGUGAACUUGCCAAUCUUUGAGAGCACUGUACUCAACUGCUUUGUCCGCAUAAGCAUCGGAAACAAUGGCCAGAAACCCGUGUAUCGAGUGGCCGAAAUUGUGGGAGUGGUUGAGACGGGGAAGAUCUACAGUCUGGGCACUACACGAACCAAUCGUGGAUUGAGACUUAAGCACGGAACCCAGGAGCGGGUCUUCCGACUCGAGUUCAUUUCGAACCAGGAGUUUACGGAGAACGAGUUCAACAAGUGGAACGAGGUCUGCCAGCAAUCGCACGUCCAGAUGCCAACGAUUGAUUUAAUAGCGAUCAAGCAGAACGACAUCAAGAAAGCACUGAACUACGAGUUCAAGGACGAGGACGUGGACAAGAUCGUGGAGGAGAAGAACCGCUUCCGGAACCGACCCACCAAUUAUGCGAUGAAGAAAACCUGCCUGAUGAAGGAGCGAGAUGCAGCCAUGUUGCGGGGUGAUUACGACAUUGCACAGGAUCUGGGACAGCAAAUCGACGAGCUGGAGAACCGAGCCUCAGAGCUCGACAAAAGAAGAUCCCAUACCCUCAAUCUGAUCUCCUACAUAAACGACAGGAACAGGAAGAAGAAUGUGGAGGACGCUGAGAAGGCAAUUUUAGAGGAGGCUCGGGCCAACAAAGGCCUCAAGAUCUCGGAUCCCUUUACUCGUCGCAUUACUCAACCGCGCAUGGGCUUCAAGGGUGCCAAGAAGGACGAGGAUGACAUGCAGUUGGCACCUCUGCCACCGCCACCCCCAGGAAAGAAGAGGCCCAACGAAGCAGGAACUUCGAGUGCAAGCGUCAGGCCCACGGACUCCAAGGAUUACAGUCUCUACUCACUGCAUGACUUUGACAUUGACCUAGAUGUUCCGCUACCAGUUAAUACGAAUUCAGUGCCCAAGCCGGCUAGCAAACCAGCUGAAACAGUCUCCAAACGUUCGCUGAAUCUAGAGGAUUACAAAAAAAAGCGCGGUCUUAUCUAGAAAAUGAUGUCGCAGGUCCAUUCAUAUUGACAAAGCGUCACAUGUUUACGUCCUAGUUUAGUGUAGUGCCCAAAUGACUACAGCGAUUGUUUGCUUCAACGACUCAACCAACUUAAAGAGCAACAAAGAAACGACGGGCAAUCAGCUCGGCUUAUAGUUACAGUUCAUAUAUAUAUAAUAAGGUUGACACAGAAAGAUUUAGAUAGGUCGGGUGAGGCGAAGAAUUGAAUAUCCCAAUCGAGGAUACUUUCCCUGUAUGUGUUUGUUUUGUUUCACUAUUAUGAUAUAAUUUUUAGAAAAAUUAUGCAAGCAAAACUUAAGAAUGAACAGUAAUUUCGAACAUUUGGAAUGCCUAUGCUGAUAACGAACUUAUUUAAGUAUAUAUUUUGAACUUUUUAUAGUUUUAAGCUAAAAAUGUUAUAACGAAAAUAGUAAGACCCCAUCCAGCCUAAUCAUUUCCAACGAUUUGUUCAAUAAAUUAACAACUCACAUAAUUUAUACGGAA